AUGCCGUCGACUUUAAUAUAUUCGAGUGACGCAGAUGUGGUUGUAUGGGACCCGCGCUUAGAAAGGACCAUCACGGCCGCGGCGCAUAAGCAUGCCGUCGACUUUAAUAUAUUCGAGGGCCGAGUGGCCGUGAACAGUGACGCAGAUGUGGUUGUAUGGGACCCGCGCUUAGAAAGGACCAUCACGGCCGCGGCGCAUAAGCAUGCCGUCGACUUUAAUAUAUUCGAGGGUCAGCACGUGGUGGGCAGCCCGCAGUACGUGAUCGUGAACGGACGAGUGUGCCUGGACGAUGGCCAGCUCCGAGUCGUUGAAGGUUACGGCAAGUUCUUGAAGACCCCCGUGAACUCCCCGUACGUGUACGGCGGCGAGGAACACGUGGACUCUGCGCCCGCGCAGCCGCUACACAUCGACGUGGCGCCCAGGCACGUCAGCGUCACCAACGGGACGCCCACACCAGAGGCGCUGAACAAGCAUUUGGAGGGGUUGUCAGUGACGUCAUCUGGCUGCAGCACGCCCACCGGACGCAAGAUGCGAGAAACCGGACAGCGGAACCUGCAGAGCUCUUCCUUCUCCCUCACCACAGCCUUUUAG